AUGAGCAGACCAGCAGCCUUGGCAGCAAGGAAGGACGGAGAGGAUCUCAGCCCUAACAACAACCCGUUUGCGACGCCGACUUUGCACCCGGCAAACUYGCCCACUCCACCCGAACCAGCUGCCAUACGGAGGAAUGACUCCUACAACAGCUACGACGCACGAAAUCCCGAUGCAGAGUACGCAUCAAAAUCUGCUUCGCUGUCAUCGAAUGGCACACGAAUCUCCUCGAUCUAUUUGGAGAAGGGAGGACACAUUGAUCGAGCGAGGAAAGAGAAGCGCGUGAGCAAUCGGGAUCCCGAAAAGGCAGAGAAUCCCUAUUUGGAUGAUAGACGGAGGGUGAUUGCGAUAGAAGAUGAUGAAGAUGAUGAAGAGGAUGCCCGAACGCAACAAGAGCGAAAAGCAGUCAAGAUCCUGCUCUUCCUAUCAGGACCGUGUGUGUUGCUAUCUUUCUUAAAUUGCACAUGGACAAUCAUCUCGCUCUUCGUCACCACCAUGACACAGCCCGUUCGCCUCUGCGCUCGUCGCCCGACGUUCGGCCAGCAAUUGGGUGGACUUCUCGGACCCGCGUUGAAUCUGCAACUCCGCAGUAUCUACACGCCUCUCCCACCCCACGCAAAUGAGGAUUUUUCCUAUCACACGGGAAUGUUGGUCAUGGUGCAACUCCUCUCCCCCUUUGCGAGUAUGGGAAUGAUGGCCGCGGCGUGGAUCGUGGCAAUCUUCUGGUUGCUGACCAUGGUGGUGGGAGAUCCCGCUGGACUCGACAAGCGGGAUGAUGGAAGGGAGACGGUGUUGAUUAUUAGGAAUUGGUGGGAAGGCUGGCUUGCCCGAUGUAUCAGGUUGGAGUGA